AGUGUCAGAGUCACAUUGACACAGGUUGUCGGUUCGUCAUUGUUAACAAAAUCUCUCAAUUCAUCUUCGAUUUUAUAACUGACAAAAGUCACAACAAUGGGGUUCCGUGUUGCAGCCGUAAUCCUCUUGGUCGCAGUGGUCGCUGCGGUUUACAGUCAAGACAUCAGGACUCUGUGUAGACAGACACAGAUAAGGGCCGGAUCACAUUUUGUGAGAUCACCAAACAACUGCAGUGAAUUCUACUCAUGUAACAGCAGACUUUUUACCCUUCAGUCAUGUGGUUAUCGAACGGUGUUCUCACAAUCUCACCAGAUCUGUGUGUGGAAGGACAGCCAUUAUGAUGACUGUGACCGUGAAUUCUAUGGAGGCCGAUUCGAUGACCCUCUUUGUAACACACGUCCAUUUGGAAUGGUACCAGACCCUAAAAACUGCCAUAGGUUUGUUCCUUGCUUCAAUCGAACCUCAUACCCUUCGAUGGCGUGCCCAGCUCGUCUUCAAUUUAACGCCAAUGAGCAAAGAUGUACCGAAAUGGCUAAGGCAAAUUGUAGAAUCCAAUGUCUGUUUUGGGGUGUUUUAGAGCCAAAAGAACAAACAGAAACUAAAUUAAUAUGA